AUGGCCGUCCUCAUCGAGCUCACAGCCCGCUAUUCGCUGGUCAAGUCAGCAAGCACAUGGCUCAACAACAAGGUAGUGAUUGAGCCAAUACUAGACUCUGCUCGUUGUCGACGUUGUGCUCUCAAUGGUGGACCCGUGAAGCCAAAAGUGGCAGACUUGAGGGAUAUCAAGAUCGUGAAGAAUAUUCGUCGACAAUAUUGA